UUUGGAGGCAAUGGGCGAACAUAAGGGACUGGAGGCAGUGGGUAGACGUCUGGGUUUGGUGGUAAGGGUUUAACGUCAGGGUUAGGAGGUAAGGGGAUGACGUAUGGGUUUGGAGGUAAGGGGAUGACGUAUGGGUUUGGAGGCAAGGGACGAACGUCCGGGUUUGGAGGUAAGGGGAUGACGUAUGGGUUUGGAGGCAAGGGACGAACGUCCGGGUUUGGAGGUAAGGGGAUGACGUAUGGGUUUGGAGGCAAGGGACGAACGUCCGGGUUUGGAGGUAAGGGGAUAACGUAUGGGUUUGGAGGCAAGGGACGAACGUCCGGGUUUGGAGGUAAGGGGAUGACGUAUGGGUUUGGAGGCAAGGGACGAACGUCCGGGUUUGGAGGUAAGGGGAUGACGUAUGGGUUUGGAGGCAAGGGACGAACGUCCGGGUUUGGAGGUAAGGGGAAAACGUCUGGGUUAGGGGGCAAGGGACGUACAUCUGGGUUUGGAGGUAAAGGGAAAACGUCUGGGUUAGGGGGCAAGGGACGGACAUCUGGGUUUGGUGGUAAGGGGAUAACGUCUGGGUUUGGAGGUAAGGGGAUGACGUAUGGGUUUGGAGGUAAGGGGAAAACGUCUGGGUUAGGGGGCAAGGGACGAACGUCCGGGUUUGGUGGUAAGGGGAUAACGUAUGGAUUUGGAGGCAACGGAUACACGUCAGGAUUAGGAGGCAGUGGUUUUACAUCGGGAUUUGGGGGCAGUGGGUACACGUCAGGCGAAGGCGGCAACGGACGAACGUCCGGUUGCGGUGGCAACGGGCUCACGUCCGGCUGUAGCCGGUAGAGUGAUGGCGUCGCCCGUGGGUAUACCACGGACGCCAGCAAGAGCAGCGAUACUGAAA